UCUCAGACCACCACCCGACAUUUGUGCUAUCUGUCUCUCUUUGUUCUCUAUACAUAAUCACUAAGUAAAAUUAUACGCAACCGGUACUAAUAUUAGCAUUACUACUACCACACCCUAGGCAUUUUCACUCCCUUUUCUUCUUCUACAAUACAAACAACAACCAACAAAAAGGUAUAGCGAUUAAAGUGUUUUUAGUGAUGAGCAGUUUUGAGUCACAAAGGCAAGAAUCAAUAAAGAAAAGACUAACAGCCUUAGAAAAAUACUAUCACAUGAGCAGUAGUUCAUCCCAUUUGUUGAUGAAACCAAGAUUUGAUGAGGAUAAAGAUCCACCAGCAGUGACAGUAGUACUCGAAGGGCGUUCGAUUUGCCAGAGGAUAAGUCUUCAUAAACAUGGUAGCUAUCAAAGCCUUGCUAAAGCCCUUAGGCAGAUGUUUGUCGAUAGUGGUGACAUUAUUGAUGCUGUUAAUGUUGUUGUUGAUCUUUCAAAUGCUGUACCUGGUCAUCUUAUUGCUUAUGAAGAUAUGGAAAAUGACCUCCUCCUUGUUGGUGAUCUCAACUGGAAAGAUUUCGUCAAGGUGGCUAAAAGAAUCCGAAUUUUGCCGGUGAAGUCAAAUUCAAGGAAGGGAAGAGUGGAGAAUACUAUGUAAUAUCUUUGGUUUUGUUUUAAUUCUUUUCCUUUUAUUUUUAUGUCACAUGGUUGAGUCUAUGUUGGAAUGUAUCCCCAAAAGAUAUGCAUGUCACUAAAGCAUAUUUAAUUUCGUUAGUACUAAGUUUUACUAGUUUUUUGUAACAAAUGGAUGUCUCAACACUCAAACUUUCUUUUUUGUCCAAUUUAAUGUUUAGCUCAAUAGAAGGGACAGAUAGUAAUUAAUUUAAUAUUUAUUUUGAUAUUUAAC